AUGCAGCGCACGUGUCUACAAAACCUGACCACACUACACCAGCGUCUGCCCACACGUGCAGAAAGCAUGGCACUGGUGUCUGGUGUUUAUCUACCCAAGGCUAGCCAAGGCCCAAGGACGAAGCAAGGCACCCCGCCCAAGCUCAAGGCACGUCGACACGUCAACCGGCGUGACAGUCAACACUCAAGCUUGUCAUUCAAUAUUCAACUGCCAUUGCCGGCUCACCUGUUCUCAGUCUCCAAGCAGGCUGUUCGACUCGAAUCUAUUGUGAAAGACUUCACGAAACAGUACAACUAUGCAAGUCAACAAUACCACAAGUCAAAACUCAUAUCUGAAUCCUACAUCUGCAGGUCCUCGCUGUAUAUUUUUAUCUCCGUUGUCGGACAGAGCCCAGUGGAUGCCCAUUGUAAAUCAAGUGAAUUGGCUCUCUGGCAGGCUCUGCCUUUAAAACAAAGUUUUAUCGCUACUGCAACACUCUCACCACAGCCCAACUACAUCAUCCCACUCCAAUGA